GCUAUAAAUCUAUCAUCAUAUGGGGACCAGAGAUUGAAAGGGAGAUGACUAGCAUUACCAUAUCAUAUGUGCUUUAAGAGGGCAUGAGACCUAUGCACACCUUUGUAAGCCAGCCUAAUACAAAUUCACAAGCAUCAUUUCAGCCAAUCAAAUGGGGAUUUGCAAAGGAGCCGACCUUUGUGUUGGAUUGAGCAAAGAAUACGGUAGAAACAUCUCUUAGUCAUCCAAGAAUAUGGAAACAGCUUCUGUACAGUAGCUGGAGUCUCUAAAUGUCAACUCCCCUAUGUAAUUUCUAAAGACCCUGGCUCAAGGGUAUGAGAGAGAGACAGGACCUCAGGAUUCUUUCAUCUAUAUUUUGCAUAUGUUCGGUGAAGAAUUUGCAAGUCUCUUCUGUCCACUUCUCAGCCAAAAUGCUAUUGCUUCUCAUUGAUUGACUCUCAUUUUUCUGGCCAUUGAUGGAGCUUCCUUGUCCCAGAAGUCCUCAGCAGAAAGCCAGAAGGUCUGCCACUCAGGGCAUCAGAGAGGAGGAAGGAUAAUUUUGCAAAGUUUUACUCCUGUCCCCUAAUCUUCCGCAGGCGAUUAAGAGUAAACUGUUUCCUGGUGUCUAGAGAAUGAAUGGCUUUAUCCCAGGCGGCCAAUGAGGCUUGAGGGCUGCCAUCACCCAUCCUUACCUGGGCCCCUAGAGAGAUGCCUCCGCCCCGCCCCCUCCAGGACUCUUGACAGCUUGAAGGCAGCCUGAAGAGAAACCUUGCAAGAGGAAGUGGCUUCUGAACUCCACUUCAAACUCCGCGAGUGGCAGGAAAGAGGAGAGGGGGUGGGGGCCGUGGUGAGAGGGUGAGCUUGCAUGUUCAGCGGUGCUGCGACACAGGAGAUGAAACCACAGAUGGUGAUUGAGUUGGAGAGGGAGGCAAAGCAGAAACUCACCCAGGUCUGACACCGGCGUUGUGUAGCUGCGCCUAGUGGGGAAGGGAGGGCCGUGGGCGGAGAAGGGAAAAGGUUAGCCUGCCCAGGAGCCAGUCAAUCUUUCUGGAAAAUAAACGGAGGAGGGGGCAAGGAUUGCCAGGAGAAGCAGAGGAUCCGAGGCGAGGCGAGGAAGUGUCGGCAGCAGGAGCCCAGGGGGAGCGGAGCACACGGGAUCUUGCCGGCCGGCGGGCUGGCGAGCUGAACUGGAACUGAAUUGAGAUAUCCUCUUGCCCACUGCCGCAUUCGGAGUUCUGGGGGUCUCCCCACCUCACGCGUUGCCCCCGGGCUGGCCAGUGCCCAGGAGCUAGGGAGCUGCCCCCGUCACGGGUGCCCGCUGUAGAUGACCGUGGACAGCACCAUGAGCAGUGGGUACUGCAGUCUGGAUGAAGAGUUGGAAGACUGUUUCUUUACCGCCAAGACUUCCUUUUUCAGGAAUGCACAGAGCAAGGCCCCCUCGAAGAAUGUCUGCAAAGUGCUGGAAGAGGAAAAACCCCGGGCACCCACACUUCAGGAAAUCAGACAGAAAAUUGACAGCUACAACAGCAAAGAGAAAAACUGCCUGGGCAUGAAGCUGAGUGACGAUGGCACCUAUACGGGCUUCAUUAAAGUGCACCUGAAGCUCCGGAGGCCAGUGACAGUGCCGGCAGGGAUCCGGCCCCGCUCUAUCUACGACGCCGUCAAAGAGGUGAACCUGGCAGCCACCACCGACAAGAGGACAUCCUUCUACUUGCCAUUGGACGCCAUCAAGCAGCUACAUAUCAGCAGCACCACCACCGUCAGUGAAGUCAUCCAGGGGCUCCUCAAGAAGUUCAUGGUGGUGGACAAUCCCCAGAAGUUUGCCCUGUUUAAGAGGACACACGAGGAUGGGCAAGUGCUAUUUCAGAAGCUCUCCAUCACUGACUGUCCUCUCUACCUUCGCCUGCUGGCCGGCCCGGACACAGAUAUCCUCAGUUUUGUGCUGAAGGAAAAUGAGACAGGAGAAGUGGAAUGGGAUGCCUUCUCCAUCCCGGAGCUCCAGAACUUCCUAACCAUCUUGGAAAAGGAAGAACAGGACAAAAUUCAGCAAGUACAAAGAAAGUACGACAAGUUCAAGCAAAGACUGCAAGAAACCUUGAGAGAUGCCCAGGGCAAACCUGGCUAACCCUACCUGCCUUCCCUGCCUUCCUCAUCCAGCUCGAACAGCUCCAAAGGGAAUGGAUGGUAUUCUUAUUUUGCAACAGACACUUUCCUCAGGAUACAUCUGGCUGGGCACUCUUGUGCUCACCCCCCCCCCCAUCCGAAGUUGUUCCCGAUGGGGCAGUAUUUUCUCUGAUGUGUUUUGUCUUAGGGAUGUCUUCUCUCCCCCCUUCCUGCGUCACCCCUUGACCCCCCAGUGACAUGGCUGUGGAAGUGGUUCCAGUUUUCUAAGAGAAUCUUCUCUUGCUCUAUCCAAAUUCAGACCUUUCAGAAACCCCAAAUCUGCCUUGACAGCAUCACCAAUCCAGGACCCAUCACUGGUUGGCAAAGGCAAAAAUAAGGAAAAACAAGUGGACACAAUUUAAAAGAGACACAUUUCUUCCUGGAUCUUUGUUCUGUUCUGCUCCCACUUCCACCCUUCUGCUAUUGAACAGCUUUAUUUAUUGAGUCACAUAAUAAAAGAGCUGAAUGUUCAUUUCUGGAGACCUAGCAGGCUCACACUAGACCACCAGAAGCAGAGAAGAGAGGGAGGAGCAGGAAAAGAAGAGGAAGGGUGCAUUAAGACCUUCCCCUUCAUCUUCAUCCCUCCCCUAGCUACAGGUGCCUAUAAUUCAGGCUCAGAGAUGAUGCCUCUGAAAGUCACUGGGCCCUGCUAAGAAGCCCAGGCUUAGGUUAGGGGUUUCCAUAGAGGUGAUUAGUGUGAGCCCCUCCACCUCAUGAUGAGUAUAAUGUCUUCGGUGCACAUGUAUGUGUGUGUUUGUGAGUGGGUGUGCUCGCAUUCACAUGUCAGAAACUGGUUUUCUCAACAUAAAAUUUAUGCUAAUGUUACCACCCCCCUUCUAUUCCUCCCAAAGUGAAACUGGACUUUUCCCUGCCCAGGGGUUCCCAUUUUAAACUUUUAUUCCUGACAAAGGAGGCUGAGGUGAACAGAGACUAAAGUCUUAUUUCAGAAAGUCAUCUGACAAGCAACCACCAACCUCUGGGAGUGGGGGAGCUCUAUUGUGCCUGCGAUGCCCUGACCCAGUUGUCCCAGGGCUGCUACCACUGCACCCUCUGCCUUCUGUACUGUCUGCCUUCUGCCUCGGUCCCCAGCCCUGUGGGAUCCCAGUUGCAGCCAGAAGCCCUGACUUCCUCAGAGGGAACUACUAACUUAACCUUUCCAUCCUGAAGACUGGGCACUUAUGCCUUGUGUGACCCCAACAUGGAAGGAGAGCCCCAGGGGUACUUGUCUCCCUCUUUGACCAUGGUGCCUUUCUGUCUUUAAAGGGGGUGUGGGAAUAAGUUCAAGGUCCCACGAUGCUGCUUGCCUGGUGCCCUAGCUCUGCUCUGACCAUGCUAGCCAGUGGAUGGCUUGUAGAGCAGGAUGAGAAAAAAUCCCCUCCCAGAGCAUCUAAGGGGAGAAUGGAUUUCUCUUGUCACAUCACAACUGCCUCUCAUCCUUGGGGGUGCCCCAAAGCUGGGAUACAGCAGCUUCCUCACUGCCGGUUUGUACUGGCUCCUUAGAUUGGUACAAAUAUCAGCUGGAAACCAACCAAUCAGGGGGCAACUGGGUAGCUCAGUGGAUGGAGAGCCAGGCCUAGAGACAGGAAGUCCUAGGUUCAAAUCUGGCCUCAGACACAUCCCAGCUGGGUGACCCUGGACAAGUCACUUGACCCCCAUUGCCUAGCCCUUACCACUUUCUGCCUUGGAGCCAAUACCCAGUAUUGAUUCUAAGAUGGAAGGUAAGGGUUUAAAAAAAAACACAACCAAUCAGCUUGUGUUAUUAGCCAGGUAUGUGAAGACAUAGAAGCAGCAUGGAAUUGUGGUCUUGUCUUCAAUCAAGACCUGGGUUCUAGUUCCUGCUCUGAUAGAGUGGCUCUGUGAUCCUGGGCAACUCACUUAACCUCAGAAGUGCCCCAGUUAACUCUCCUUAAGACUAAGUUGCAAAGCAGAGGCCAGUGCGCAUUGGGAGCAGUUUCCUCCACUGAUGAAAUCAUAGACGUAGUCCAAGAAAACAACCAAACACUUCAAGGCAAGGACAGAAGGAUUUUAAUUUUCAGUUGAGGAUUGGACUCAAAGCCAGCCCUUGAGAGACGCUUUGUUUCCUUGCUCAAUUUCCUGAUUCCCAUUCUGUCCUAAGGUUCAUGUCCAAGCUUCUCCAGACCUCACAGGGUACCCUCACUCCCUCCUCCCCACUUCUCCCACCAAACACUCCCCUCUUCGAUGUCGCUUCUGGAGAAUGGAGGUAUGUGUGUGUGUGUGUGUAUGCAUGUAUGUAUAUAUAUGCAUGCAUACACACAAAUAUAAAAUAGAAACUAUAUAUGUAUGCAUAUGUAUAUUUUUCUGUAUAUGUAUAUCCACAUACAGUCUUCCUAUCUGUAAAAGCAAGGAGAUAACAACCUCUAGAAAUACCCUUCCCCCACACACACAUCUCACCGCACCUCCCCCCCAACAAACAAAAACCAACCCUCCUCUCCCUCUGAUGUAAAUUAAGGGGAAAAGUUUCCCAUAAUCCUGCAUGUCUACAACCUUGGUAUAAGGCAUGACUUGCUGCAACUGCCGUGGGCGUGAAUGCUGCUGAAAACCUCCCCGCAAUGGGAAAGGCUAUUUUAUUUUUAAGGGGAAUAAAGGAAACUAUUACAUAGAUACAUAUAUAGAGAGAGAUACAAAUAUAGGUACAUAGCUAUAUAGAGUGUGGCAUUUAUGAGAAAGUAUAGCAUAGCUCAGAUUCUAAAGAAAGCACAGCUCCAUCUUGGACCUGGGCUGAGGUCUAAAGCUCUAAAAAAAUGUAUGUAAAGUGUUCCUUCUCUCUGAGAGGUGGAUGUGACUGCUGGCAGUGCCUUCCUAAGGGUUGUGUUGCUUAGUGUGUAUGUGUGUAUACGUAUGUGUGUUGUAUGAACUUUUUUUAAAAUAUCAUCUGAGUUGUAAAAAAAAAAAAUAUAUAUAUAUAUAAAAAUAAAAAGCUUGUAGCAAAA